AUGGCGUCUCACCGUCGUGUUCCUUCAGGUAGCGUCUUCUCUGUCAACAACGAGCAGAUCGCCACAUUCACGCGGCAGCUGCAAGACAACCUGCGGACUGCCUACAUCAACGCUCCCGAGGGAAGAACUGAGCUCUGUAGGCAGCCGUAUCUGGUGGAUAUCUACACAGAUCUGUACAUCACCUGCGGCGCCGACAUAAUUGCCAACAAGGAGCACGAGGUCCUUCAGAUGGAGAUGUGCGGCGUGGCCAAGAAGUCUGUCGAACCGUGCGACAUCUUCAAAAGUGACAGCGGGAAGCCAAAGCUCAUCCGCACGCUGCUCACCGUCGGCUUUGCGGGGAUGGGAAAAACAUUCCUGGUCCGCAAGUUUGUGCUGGACUGGGCUCGUCGGAAAACCAACAAAGACGCGCACUUCAUAUUUCCCUUCACCUUCCGGGAGUUGAACCUAGAGAAAGGGAAAACCUUUUCGCUGGCAAACCUCAUCCGAUACUCCAUCCCCGAGGCGGCGGUUCUGAGCAUGGACACGCUGAACGUUCUAUUUGUCAGGCUGCAGGCGUCCGGGAAGCGUGACUACGAAAGCAGCAACAUCAAAAUGUUGUUUGUCCUGGAUGGAUGGGACGAGUGCCGCCUCAAACUGGACCUGAGCAACAAGACCAAGAGGGACUUUGACGUGACCGAGGCCUACCCUGUGGAGGUGCUCCUGGAGAAUCUCAUCAACAGAAACCUGCUCCCUUGCGCCAGAGUCUGGAUCACCGCACGGCCGGCGGCGGCGCACGACAUUCCACCUGAUCUCGUCGACAAAAAAACCGAGGUGAAAGGAUUCAGCGACUCCCAGAGGCUGGACUACUUCAGAAAGAGGUUCCCAGAUAAGGAGGAGUCCAUCGUCAGGCACAUCCAGAAAUCCCGCACCAUCUUCAUCAUGUGCCACAUGCCCAUCUUCUGCUGGCUCACCACCGUAGUUCUUCAGGAUUAUAUGGACAAGGGGAAGGACAGAGAACUGCCUCAAACCCUGACCGAGCUGUACACAGAGUUCCUUCUUUACCACCUGGAUAGGUCGAGGGAGAGAGGGACAAAGAAGAGCAUCAAAUACAUCAGAGCGCUCGCAAGACUGGCAUUCAACCAGCUGAUGAGGAAAGAGCAGCUCUUUUACGAAAACGACUUGCAGAGCAGCGGCCUCGAUUACCGUCAAGUCGCGAAGCAUUCUGGAUUGUUCAGUGAGGUGUUUAAGCAGGUACAUCCACUGAAGAAAAACCAGAAGGCCAAGAUGUUUCAGUUCAUCCAUCUGACCGUCCAGGAGUACCUGGCUGCUCUGUACGUGAUGACGAGCCUCUUCCACGACAACAAGAACGUUUUCGCCUCUCCGGAGCUGUCGCUCGAACGCCUCGUCACGCUUUGCAAGCAGAAGCCAAUCGCUCAGGUCCACGAGAUGGCGCUCCAGAAAGCCUCCGAGAGUGACGGAAACCUGGACUUGUUCCUGCGCUUCCUGUUAGGCCUGUCCUUGCAGUGCAACCAGGACACCCUUCACCAACUGCUCAAGGUUCCUCAGCACAGUGGGAACAACAAGUCCGACGCAGUCCUGUUGAUCAAGAAAAGAAUAGAGCAAAACACUCCGGGAAAGAACAUCAACUUGUUUUACUGCCUAAAGGAGCUGAAGGACGACUCCCUGCUGGAGGAGAUCCAACGAUACUUAAGUUCAGGACGUUUGUCCUCUGACAACCUGCCUCUGGACAUGUGGUCGGCCCUGGUCUUCUUCUUGCGGACCUCCGACAAAGCCAUGGACUGCUUUGACCUUAAGCAGUACUCUGCGUCGGAGGUGGGGCUCAUGAUGCUGAUGCCAGUGGUCAAAGCCUCUCAAAAAUCACUGCUCAACGACUGCAACCUGAACGAGAAAAGCUAUCGACUGCUGACCUCCGUCCUCAGCUCGCCAUCCAACCUGAGGCAUUUGGAUCUCGGCGACAAUGACCUGUACGACAGAGGGGUUGAGAUCCUCUCCGACGAACUGGCGAAGCCGCACUGCAUCUUGCGAGUCCUCAGGCUGUCAGGCUGCAUGAUCACCGCGCCAGGAUGUGUUUCGUUGGCCAAGGCUCUCAAGUUGAACCCCUCGCACCUUGAAGUGCUGGACCUGAGCUACAAUCACCCGGGAGAGGAAGGAAAGAGGAUCUUCACGAAGGCCCAAAUGAAUCCCAGCUCCAGCCUGAAGACUGUCAACCUGGAUCACGGCGGCAAAGAACGUUUGAUUUCCGGCUUAAAGAAAUAUCUUUGCAGACCCACGUUGGACCCCAACACGGCCCACAAGUGCCUCCAACUGUCUGAUCGCUGCAAAAGGGCGACAGUGGUGCUGGAGGAGGAGCUGUACCCCAUAAACCCGCAGAGGUUUAGCAGCUGGCGACAGGUUCUUUGCAAGGACGGACUGAGCGGACGCUGCUACUGGGAGGCGGACUUGGAGGGGAAGGUCUCCGUGGCCGCGACCUACGACACGAUCCGGCGGAUCGGCGAGGGCGACGAUGUGCUUCUGGGAGCCACGGAAGCCUCCUGGGCGCUGCUGUGCCGCGAGGACGGCACCUACGCGGUGCGGCACCGGGACAGGACGGAGAACCUCGAACCCCUCCCCUCUCCCGAGUCUCGAAAGGUGGCUGUAUUUCUGGACCACCCUGGUGGCGUGUUGUCCUUCUACAAAGUGACCUCGCGGGGGACGAUACUCCUCCACACCUUCCACGCCACCUUCACCCAGCCACUUUACCCAGCCUUCGGUUUUGGCUUUGAUAACGGAUUUGACGGCUUCGGAGACUCUGUAUCCAUCGGCGGAGAAAAUGUGUCCAUCUUCACCCGCUUCUGAGCCUGCACGACAAAAUCACCGCAGCCCGUCCUCUGCGCAACCGCAAUACGGUUUUCACGGAAAUGUGUUCCCACCGUAACGCGCCAGUCUGACGAGUAAAUGGGAUGAAUUCAUAGUAAUGGAACGAAAACGAGCGUGGCAGACGUUUGGGUCGUGCGGCGAACAGGUACAACAGCAGAGGGCGCCAUUGCCAUCCGCACCACACAGCAUUGAACUGUUUGAACUCAACGGGAACGCGCAAAAACCCUUGAAACAAGGUGACUGUUCAAACAAGCCCCACUUUGCUGUGCGGAUGCUGCUGGCUGGCGGGUUGACAAGUUUGUUUUUUUUUUUUGGUUAAACCUGAGCUACUACGCUAAUGUAACUCGGGUAAUGCAACCGAUAGAAAUCAUCCACACACACACACACACACACACAAAAACCAAAAAAAAUGACUGACAUGCUAAUUUUUUGGUUUGAUUCAAUGCCAAAUAUUUUGUCAUUUUCACAGGUUUUGUUCAAUCUGAGUUUCUACAUUCUCGCUUGUAUUCAUGGCAAUUCCGUCAGUUUCCCUGUGAAAUAACGCACAGAGUGCACCUCAUCAGUCUCGGUUCAGGGUUAGAGAAAGCCCACGCUAGCAUUCAUUUUCCGCAUCGUUAGCCGUCGAUCAGCGAUUAGUGGGACUGACGGGAGGAGGCCGACGACGCGCCAUCAAUCAGCCAAUCGGCUGUCUCGUCGGCCUAGUUUUCUAUAUUUACACUUUUUCUUCCAAAUCCUACAUUUACCUCCUCUUCCACUUCCUCGUCGUCAUCUC